AUGGCUGCGCUCACCAUACAAAGGACUGACAACUUUUUGCAUACCUUUUUGCAGGACCGCACGCCCAGCUCGUCUCCGGAGGGCCCUCCCGGCGCCCUGUCCUUCCUGGCCACCACCUGCAGCCAAGCCUGGCAGGUGGGCAGUAGCGCAGGCUCGGAAGGCUCCCAGUUCCCCUACGAGACCAGCGUCAGCUCCGCUUCCGGCAUGUUCCAGCUGUGGAGCAACGACAUGGCGCCCGGCACGGCCCUCGGCACGCACCAAAUGACCUUCACCGUGCCCAAGGUGCAGUUUCCGGGACACGUGCAGUCCGGCCUGAGCCACCACCCGCACCACCACCAUCAUCACCAUCAUCCGCACCACGAGCUUCCUCUCACCCCUCCGGCCGAGCCCGCUUCAGCUUACUCGUUCGAACUCUCCCCCGUUAAAGUGCAGGCCAACGGCGCCUACUACCCGCAACACAGCGGCGUGGGACAGAACUUCCCCGGCUUCCUCCAGAACUCCUCGGCCAGGCAUCACGGUGAAGAAGGCCAGCAAUGGUGGAGCCUUCCCCAAAGCAACGCCCCGCCCUCCAACCACCCCUUCACUCUGGGCAGGCAGCUGGUGUUGGGCCACCAGCCGCAGAUCGCCGCUCUCCUCCAGGGGACCUCCAAGGGCCUGCUCAGCUCCACGCGCCGCUGCAGGCGCUGCAAGUGCCCCAACUGCCAAGCCGGCGGCGGCGGUGGUGCCGGCUUGGAGUUUGGCAAGAAGAGACUGCACAUCUGCCACAUUCCCGAGUGCGGUAAAGUGUACAAGAAGACCUCGCACCUGAAGGCCCACCUGCGCUGGCACGCCGGCGAGAGGCCCUUCAUCUGCAACUGGCUCUUCUGCGGGAAAAGCUUCACGCGCUCCGACGAGCUGCAGCGGCACCUGCGCACUCACACCGGCGAGAAACGUUUCGGCUGCCAGCAGUGCGGCAAGAGGUUCAUGAGGAGCGACCACCUCUCCAAGCACGUCAAGACCCACCAGAGCAGGAAGAGCCGCUCCGGUCAGCCGACGCACGCCGCCGACUCUCUGCUGGCCAACAUCAAGAGAGAGUAA